UCCGGUUUGGUGAAGACGGUUUUAGCGAGUGAUUCCGUGCGCAUGCGCGCACUCGGCAGUUGCAAGGGAUUCUCUGCCCACGAAGUGUGUGUGACGGUGUCAAAGUCACGGGAAGAAGGCUGAAAACUUUUCCGGGAUUUUCCAACGAGACAGAAAAACGUCCACCGUAUGCAUAAUGUGCUAAUCGGUCGCAAAUCCGCGCGAAGAAAGCCACCCGAUUAAGCGCCGGCUCUUGAGAUUAUUUUCGACAUAGAGUUUUAUUUUUGCUGGGAAGCGCCUCUAAUCACACACUCCCUGCAAAAUUGUCAUUUCGUGUGUGUUCUGCUCUUUUUUUUCUUUGGGACACAACUGUUCAUAUCGCAUGACUGUGAGACAAACUUGUGGAUGAGGUGAUAUAAUUAAUUAUUCUAUCGGAUUCGCACAUUUUUCCUUCCGUCUGGCGAUCGCGCACAACAAACCGUCGAAUGACUCACUUUGCCGUCUCAUUGCCUGUUCCAACGAUAUUGCAUUUCUCAGGCAUUUCUAAUUGUGAUUUGGGAGAAAUUUCCCUUAUCACACAGUGAGUGUUGCUCGCUUUUGGGCAACAAUAUUCACACACACCAAACACGAUAAGUCACUAUCGGCUGACGAGACUUGUGGAGAUUGAUUGGCUGAUAAGGAGUUGCGAAAAUAAGCAAAAAUGGCCACCGUUCUGCUCGAGGCACGUCCGUAUCGGCCGUUCAAGUCCAGCGAGGAGUAUCUCUACGCCAUGCGAGAAGAUUUGGCGGAGUGGCUCAACACCAUGUAUCCGGAGCUGCGGAUCAACGUGGACAACUUCAUGGAUCGUCUGGACACAGGAGUGGCUCUGUGCAAGCAUGCCAAUAAUGUGCGGUGCGCCGCCGAGGAAUAUCUGGCCAGGCGACAGGCGCGCAACAAGUCCAUGACGAAAUCGAUGACUUCGGGAUUGGCCGGACCGAUCCUGGCCAUGGGCAAUGUCCACUUUCUGCCAGCAGCCAAGAGUGGGACCUUCUUCGCCCGCGACAACGUGUCCAACUUCAUUGCAUGGUGCCGAAAAAGCCUUCAAAUCUUUGAGUGCCUCCUAUUCGAAACGGACGACCUAAUAAUGCGAAAGAACGAGAAGCACGUGAUUCUGUGCUUGCUGGAAGUGGCCAGACGUGGUGCUAAAUUCGGAAUGCUGGCUCCCAUGUUGGUGCAGAUGGAGAGACAGAUCGAUCGCGAGAUUGCCGCCGAUAACAAGGCGAUGGGAAUGUCUUCGGUGGGCUGCGGCACGCAGACGGAAAAUGGUGUCAAUUCGAUAUCAGUUGGCACGGAUGGCAACGAGAUGUUCGACUCGGACUCUGAGGAUGAGGAGGAGAACAGCGGGCCGAUGCUGAUGUAUGGGCCGCAGCCGCAAAUUAUCACCAACGACUUGAAGAGCCUGGACGAGAUGGUUCGCGAUCUCGUGGAGAAAUGCACAUGUCCAUCGCAGUUUCCAAUGGUGCGCGUGUCAGAGGGCAAAUAUCGCAUCGGUGACACCAAAGUGCUCAUAUUCGUUCGGAUUCUGCGGUCUCACGUGAUGGUGCGCGUGGGUGGCGGCUGGGACACCCUUUCUCACUACCUCGACAAGCACGAUCCCUGCCGGUGCCGCGCUCAACAUCGAUCAUCCGUGGCCGCACGCCUCAUCACGAGAACCAACGCGGCGACCAACGGAAUUGAGCUGCAUCGUGCACAAGUCUUCUACGAGAGAUCGCCGCCAGUUGCGCGCAAGCAGGCCAACGCGGGUCCUGGACAGCAGCACACGGCGUCAAAUGGAUUCAUUAGCACAUUAUCGCCGCCCGGAGGGAGUCACAAUCGCAGCCGCAGUCCGACACCGCAGAAGAAGAGCAUGGUGGAGAAUUCACAGUCACCUGAGAAGUCUGUGGUGUCGCCAGAGACCAGGCGAUCAAUGUCACCGGGGGUGCGCCGCCUCACUGACAUGCGGCGAAAGCAGAACUCACUGGAUUCGUGCCAGUCGCCAGUGGGAACAGCAUCCCCGAUCGUGGAGCUGGACGAUCAGAAAGACGAUACCAAAAGUGGAUCAGUGGAGAGCAAUGGCGGCAACAGCGGCACGGAUUCGUCGGUGAAGUUCGAGAAUAUCAGCGACAACGGCAGCGAGAUCAGCGACGAGGGCUAUCGCAGUUUGGGGCUCAUUCAGGGGACCAAUGGUGGUGUGUCCAAGAGGACAUCCCUGCACAGUCAGGUGUCGAAUGAAGACGCAGAGCUCAGUGCGCGUUUCGACCAAGCAUCCAAUGACUCUCAGGUGUCCCCGAGUGAAGAGCCCAGCACAAAGACGGCGGAAAGCAGUGACUCCGCGGCAGCAGCUCCGGAUGAAUUGGACGCUAGAACGCCAGUGACAACUCCCGAUGGGCGGAACAGUUUCGAGAAGUCGGGUAUUUUCAUCACCGAAGAUGAAAUCACUGUGGACAUUGCCAGUGCCACGGGAUUGAGGAAGACGGGUUUCUCGGACAAUCUCUACGAUGACGGUCAGAAGAAGCCUGUGAGCAGGAUUCCGCGCUCGCCGAUGGCCACGAGGAGGAAGAGUGCAGAAGCGAGUCCGGAAAUCGUGACAGGAUUGCCGUUGGUGACGAGGAAGACUCCAGUGUAUCGCAGCGUAAGGAAGACGACACCGGUGAAGGAGAAUUCGGUGGAAAAGAACACGUGGAGCGGACGCGAGACGAAGAAGAGAUCCUCUCUCACCACCGAGACUUUCACGCCGCCAUCUAGAUCGGCGAGCAGCACGAGUCCUUUCCACAGGAACUCAGCGGGAAGCCGGGUGUCAGGGCAGUACGAUAAGAACGGACGCAGGAUGAAGUCCACUUCGCUGACAACGUCGCCGGUGAAGAAUAGCACGACAUCGCCGCUUGCGCAGCAAAUCUUGCAAGCAGCGGGCAGCGCCAAGAGCGACUCGCAGAUUCUGGAGAAGAUGCGCAAGCUGCUGUCAAAGUACGAGAGGGAGAACAGUGUCACGGACGAGUAUGAGAGCUUGGAUCUCACCACGGCGUGGGUGAACAGCAACGGAGCGCUGGAUCGCGCGGGCUGUGGUCCGGCGAAGGCUGCAUCGAAGAAGUCUGCAGGAUCCACGAUUUCGUCUUCAGAGAGCGCCUCGGGCGUCGCGUCACCGACGCCGCGGCGUGAUCGCGGCAUGAGUCGCAUUCCGGCUCCUGUGCGCCAGGCGACGGAUCUCUAUUGACCCAGACUUGGACACAGAAUGUCUCGGGCAGACAAUUGAGGAGCCCGCGCUGUAAAGAUAGCGAUCUUGACAUCUUGAUCGUAUGUUUUGGGCUUCUUGGCGGCAAGUGGGCGCUCAUGAGUGCCGCCCGGGGGCGCAGGUCAUUAAGAGCUGAAAAAGAAGUCCACGUUAAUUGAGCAGAAGAGAGAGAAGUGGUUAAUUUUUGGCAUUUCUCUGGCAUAAGAAGUUCACUUGAUCAUUCAAUGAUGGAGGAAUUUCAUUAUAUCACCGCAAUUCACUUUAAGUGAUUUUCAGCUGAGACAUUUUUAUUAUUAUUACAAAUUGAAUUGAUGAUGAAGAGAAAUUAAUGCAAAUUGAGUCGUUGAACCAUGCAAAUUCUAAAGAAAAAUAUCCAGCAUUUUCACCUUUCUUUCCUGAGCGAAGCGAGCAAAGAGAACGAGGAUCAAAAGUGCGUGUUUUUAGGGAAGAGAAGGAUUAGCAACUUUAUAUUGUUAAUUGGACUGACUAAAGAGGGUUGUAACUUUUUGUAGAGACUAUGAAAUGGAGAAAAAAGGAUACGGCGAGAGAUUUACAAAUUGGUGCUGAGUGAGAAAUAUUUUUACUUUCUACAAGUUCAAUCGAUAUUUUCCUUUCUCUUUUUUUUGCUAAACUUUGUAACUAGUAUUUUACCUCUAGGACGUUUUUUGUACUUUCAACGUAGAGGCGUAAAAAACAGAAUCAAUGACUGUCAUUCAUUUUUCGAUAAAGCGUGGAGUGAAUAAAAUGAGGAGAAACCAUGGCAAAUUUACACGGCCUUGAUGAUCAGGAAUUUAAAGAAUAACUAACACUAUAUAUUUUUCCCUAAAGAAUCUGUAGAACAUGUAAGACGGUAACCACGUUAGAUGUAGCAGAAGGAUGAGAACAUAUAUAGUUUUCUAUCUAGACAUGCUGAGGAAGCCAGAUAGUGGAUAGGAAUUAAGGCCAAAAUCUAUGUACUCAUCAUUAUUGUAUUUACACGCUAUUAAUGAUGCAAACUGUCUCUUUAAAUAUUAAGGAUUAUUGUAUUUAUCGACAAAUGGUAAUAUUUAGAUUUCAUCGAUAGGAUUAAUUUGAAAACCAGACUUUUGACGCCAUAUAAUCCAGUUUAUCGUGACCAUAGUGCAAUUUGUUGGGCCGAACAGGAGAACAUUAUACCAAUAUUAUAGUAUCCUUUAAAGCUAUAUACUCCUUCGAUUUAUAUUUCUCCAGUUAUGUUGAGUUUCGCAUUUAUGUGUAAUAAAGACAUAAAUGAGAA